AUGUCACUAGGUCAAACCUGCCUCCGCACAGCCUGGCUCUUCCAAGCCCUCUCCGCAGCGCCCGUCCUCCUCUUCCUCGGCACAGAAGCCUUCACCCACUUCCUGAGCUCCAUCGAAGCAAUCUACGACUUCGUCAUGAGCCUCCUAACCUCCCUCAUGGCCGCAGGCAUCAUCUUCGUGGUCCUGGUGCAACGCCAACUCCGCGGUUCAGCAGCGGCGUCAAAGCACCUGACGCUGAAGUUUGAGAGCGCGAAAGCGGUGUUGGCGACGGGGUUGUGGGUUUGGAUGAUGUUGGAUGUGGGGUUUAAUCCGUUGAAUAACUAUCGGUUUUUCGAUCGGGGGUUGAGACUGCAGGCGACGGGGUUUGCGUCGAUUUUGUUGCUGAUUCUUUACUAUCCCACUGUCGUCUAUGCGGCUAUGCAAUGCCGGAGUGUUGGCGGUGGGGAUGUGGAGGUUGCGUUGGAAGAGGCGGACGAGGCGUCGCCACUGCUGUUAUCGCAAAAGCCACCGGGCAGGCUGGGACGCAUGUUUCGAAGGCUUUCGAACUUCAAAGCAUCCCAACAUCCCAAGAUGUGCUACGGCUGGCUCUGGCACUACACCUACUGUGGGUGUCAAGUGAAGAACGUCGUCCAUCAAUGCUCUGCGUCGCCCGCUUUCGACGAAAUGCAUUGCAAAGAGUUCGAGGUCGACAAGAAGAGGACCGAAUACGUGAUGGACUUGUGCAGCAAGUGCUACGUCCAGAUCCAGGCGGGCUAUGAGAAGGCGAAUCCGAACAAGGUUGAGCAGGGGCUGAAGAGGGCGUGA